UGUGGCGACCGCGGUAACUACAGGGAGAACAACCCGGAGCUGGAUGCGGACACGAGCCUGCUGACCUGGAGUAGAUGCACAAAAAGAUGUCAUAUGAUCAGGUGCAUUGGUUGUGUUUGCUGUUUUUUGCCUUGGUUUUCCGUCCUGGGACAGCGGCAGAGGUUUCCGUAUGGAGCAUGGACAUCAACUCGACGCAGGAUGCCGUUUUUCGGAAGACCCUGUAUGCCAACACCACCAUCUUCAUGAAGUUCCAGGGUGACUCAAGGCGGUGUAACAAAAGCUUCGCCUUCAACAUCAGCUGGUACCUGCGCUCCUCUGUUUGCUAUAAUGAGGUCUUUAACACACCAGACAACAAAGCAAGGAACAUGUUUGGCAUGGAGCACAUGCUGAAAGAUGGCUGGAGUGGCUUCUACAGUCAGGGCUACAUGUACUUUGACAACUGCUCCUCUCUCUUGCUACCAAAGGUCUAUUACCCAGACUUCAACCCUUAUCAGCCACUGACUAGCCCAAAGAGUGACCCAUCCAAUCAGAGCUUCUUUUGGUCUGAAAAACCGGAUAUCAGUGCAGUGGCCAAAGCUUGGGAAGACAGUCCCUAUCUGUUCAUAGUGAAGGUGCAGCCUUUGUUUCGUGGCGCUGAUGAUGAAGCUGAGGGAGGAGAGCAGUCCAGCUUUACUUUUUCAAUGAAAGUGGAGAUGAAAGGUCCACAUGAGUACUCCUCUCCAGCAGACUGGCCUCUCAUGAUGUUCUUCAUGGUCAUGUGCAUUGUUUACGUGCUGUUUGGGGUUCUCUGGCUCUUCUGGUGCGCCUGUUAUUGGAGGGAUCUGCUGCGGAUCCAGUUCUGGAUUGGUGCCGUCAUUAUCCUCGGCAUGCUGGAGAAAGCGGUUUUCUACUCUGAAUACCAAAGCAUCCAUUACAAAGGAGACUACGUGCUAGGGGCUGUGAUUUUUGCAGAGUUGCUCUCUGCACUCAAAAGAUCUCUGGCUCGAAUCCUGGUCCUCAUUGUAAGCCUUGGCUAUGGCAUAGUCAAGCCCAGGUUGGGCACCACCGUACAUCGGCUAGUAGCUGUUGGAAUUUUUUACCUUCUCUUCUCCUCAGUAGAAGGUGUGCUGCGAGUAACCGGUGGCUUCUACGGGACUGUUGCCCUUGUGGCUAAUCUCAGCCUUUCCCUCAUUGACUCCUGUGUCAUGUGGUGGAUUUUCAUCAGCUUGUCUCAAACCACUCGUCUCCUCAAGCUCCGCAGAAAUAUAGUGAAGCUCUCGUUAUAUCAGCACUUCACUAAAACGCUCAUCUUCUCUGUUGUCGCUUCUAUCAUAUUUAUCAUCUGGACCACCAAGGUCUUCAAGCUGGUCGACUGUCAGAGGGGUUGGAGGGACUUGUGGGUAGAUGAUGCAUUCUGGCGCCUGCUCUUCUCCACUAUUCUUCUGGUCAUCAUGGUGCUGCUGCGGCCCUCAGCCAACAAUCAGAGGUUCUCCCAUUCCCCUCUGAUUGAUGAUGAUGAUGAAGAGGAAGAAGCCAAGGAGCCCAUGCUGAACGAAGCCUUUGAAGGAAUGAAGAUGAGAGGCGCAAAGCCUGACAUUAACGGCUCCCAGAAAAUGUUGAGUAAAGAGGAUGAAGAUCUAAAGUGGGUUGAGGAGAACAUUCCUACUACUGUUGCUGAUGUAGCUCUCCCUGUAAUGCUAGAUGAGGAAGAAGAAAUCUUGAAAACCAAGAUGGAGAGGUCCAAAAUGGAGUAGAAGACUAUCUGAGAGUGAAAAGAGAGGAAUUUGACUGAGGCAGCAAUGAGUGAUCUGAUUACCAAAAAUGUUGGGGGGAUGCAUAUCUGUUCUUUCUUCAGACACUUUAAAAAAAAAACCUUUUAUUUCACAGGCUUUGGGUAACACUACAGUAAGCUCUUAUAUUAACGCCAUACUGUGCAACCCGGAGUGACUGGGUCGGCUGCUGAUGGCAUUCUGGGAUAAAAUACAAGCAGUUAUAUAGUAUAGCAUUUAUAUUUAUAACUAUUUUAUUUGUUGAACAAAAUGAAGGAGAAGCUGAUUCUGUUACACAAGGCACUAGUUAUCGGGAGAUUUGUGAAAAUUUUCUUUUCGUUUUUUUUGUUUAGUUUUUUUUAAAGACUAUUAUAAGUAUUUAAUGAAACAUGUGAUAUCCAGUGCAAGGGAUAGAUGAUCAAAAUAUUUGACAAAAGCUCCAACCACUUCAGACUGCACAGAUAACUCCUGGACGGGUCAGAGUUGUAGGAAUGUGAGGUCCUUUUUGGAACACAGUCAGGUAUGACUUGUGAUGCCUGGCCAUCAUCAAAGCCAAGAUAUCGGAUGAUGCUACAAACGGAAGAUAAUGAACAUAACUGAAAACAUUAAAGUAGUUUCAUAAUAGGAUUAUAUUUAAGCCAUUGCAGCAUCUUAAUCAACAAUAGGUUAUCUUCAGUGCUGUGCCAUAUAUGUAAAAAAGAUGCGUUGUUACAUUACAUAUUUAUUUGAUCACACGAUUUAAUAUUUAAAUGUGCAAGUAACUCUAUUGUACAAUUAGCCAUUUAGCCAGACAGCUAAAAGCAAAUGUUUUAAUGCUUAGCCAACAAAUAUGUGUGUUUAAUUGUUAACACAUUAUUACUGUAGUGUCUGGCUAACUGGGUCAUUUUGAAUAUCAAAAUAGUUAAGCCACUGUUAAAGUCUGUCAUGUUGAUACUUGAAGGAUAUCACCGUCGUCCAGAAAAUAAGCCCCAUCUGUUGAUCUGGGAGCAUAUAACGAUAGUUAUGGAGCUAUAUCAAUGCAAGGAAUUAACUGUAAUAAAACCGUAUGAGGCGUGUUCAUUUUGUAGACACGUGUCAGAUCAUUUCUUCAGGAUGUCGUCCACACACUGAUCAGUUUAAGUGAGUUGAAAUUUGACUAUAUUUAAUUGGUUGAUAAGUGUAGAAAAAGUAAAAUCCUGUUUGUAAGCAUUAGUAGUAAAAUUAAGCCUGCUUUAUUUACAUUUUUAUGAAAAGUAACUUUUUUUUAUAGUUUUGAUUUCAUAUAAUAGAUCUAGAAACACUAGAUAUUGCAGUCACCAAAGUGAACACUUUUUUUCUAGCCACUGAAUAACGAACAUGGAUAGCUGAAAAAUAUACAUGUAAAUUAGUGUGUCUAUAAAAUGUGCUCUCCGACCCCCUCCACCAACAGGUCCAGAGUUUUAUUUAGGUUCUCUGUUUACUUUAGUAGCACAGGGGAGUAUCAUUUCACCAUUGUUACAGAUUUCUCUGACCCUUUCCCAGCUACGCUCAAAAAUAGCCUUAUCUGGAAUAAAUCCUCAUCCUUGUGUGAUCUACUGCAGUAUGUGUGGAUAAUUUUAAAGUUCUGAACUAUGUUUGGUUUUUUUCUAUUUGUCUAAAUCUUGUUGACAAUAUUUUAUUUCAGAGAGACACUAAAACCCUGUGUCUGGAUUUGAGUCUGCAUUGUAUUGUGAAGCUGAUAAUAUUGUAUGGCUUUUUGCGUAUGUCCUGCAAAUAAAUUUAUAUUGAAAGAUG